AUGGCGAUGAUGAUGACUGGCCGUGUGCUGCUGGUGUGUGCCCUCUGCGUGCAGUGGUGCGGUGCGGUUUUUGGACACGCGAUGGACGAUUACUGCAGUGAGGGUGGAGGGAACGGUUUGAGGCACACGAGUAAUGGUGGAGAUGACGGCGUGUCUCUAAAGGCGGAUUGCGGGUUGUUAGCCACUCGAAUGGCAUUAAUAAAGGCGGUUGAGGCUGCGGAAGCUGGACAAGGAUUGAGUGGUGGUCCAGGUUUAUCUCAAGAUACGAAGGAAAAGUUGGACGAUAAUUCUUUGGGAACUAAUACAGUGGGCAGUGCAGCGCCUGGUUCAGGAAGAGGUAUUGUCGCAGGUCAGCCAGAAGCAUCACCGCCGAAGCUCAAAGGAUUAGAUACAGAAGGACAGCAGGGAAAGCCAGAAGGGUUGGGUCUAAAUGGAGGAAAGGAAGUAGAUAAGAGGGAUCACACGGACGGUAAAACAACCGAGCCCCAACACCAAAGGGUUGAUCAAUCGUCUUCUUCAUCAUCUUCUGGCAGCCCUGGCAGCAAGAGUGGCAACGAUGGUAACUCGGAGAAUACUUCCGAGAGAAAUGAAUCCUCCGAUGAGACACUGACAGAAGAAGAAAACAAUCUUCGCAGUAAAUCUGACAGUCCUGAAGAGAAGGCGGAAGAAGAACCAAAAAAAACAGGAGACAAAAAAAGCUUAAGUCAUGAGGCACCAACAGAGACACGUGGAAGUCCAGCCAACAAUGCAGAAAUACAAACAGCAACACCAUCGCUACCACCAGCAACAAUGAAUGGACCGUCCAGCACUGAGGAUUUACCACCCGUGCAACCGCUAAAACGCGUCCAAGACGACCAUGCAGAAUCAAGGCCACCAUCACCCACGGCAAACGGUGAUGCCGCCAAUAACGAAGCUGACAAGAGCACUGAAGACGGCAUCCCCAACAAUGAUCCAGCAGCUGAUGGUGCAGGGGCACGAGAAGAAAAACAAAAUGAAAAUAAAGAAGCCAAUCCAAAGGAAACACCAGUCGAAGCCACAGCCAUGAAAAAUACAACGGCGACGACUGGCGACAGUGACAGCAGCACCGCUGUCUUCCACACCACCUCCCCUCUUUUGCUUCUUCUUGUUGUUGCGUGUGCGGCUGCUGCUGCGGCGGUGGCCGCGUGA